AUGCAUAAGCUAGAAGGAGUGCGCCUGUUCACUAGUGCGCUAUACAGCAGUCUAAAGGGCCUGUGCGUUAUGGCUCUAUGGGGCCUGGGUCUUUUCAUUUAUUCUCGCAGCUUAUUUCUGGAAAAGUCGCCCAUCAAGGAACACAAUGCAGACACGCUUCCUGCAGUGUACAGAAAAGGUGUUGUCCUUGUGAUGGAUGGAGUGCGCGCUGAUGCCAUUCAUAAAGUGUCAAGCGAUAGACAGAACAAAUACCACAGUAACUUCUCUGUUCUUGACAGAAUUCCUGUGCAGGACAUUUUCAAGGCUGUGAGCAUUGCAGACCUUCCCACGGGAACUGCAAUGAGGAUUCUGUCUACCUUCUCGGGCAUACCUACCACAUUGCUCUCAGCGCAAAGAUCUUUUAAGAAUCAAAGCAGUGAAGUGGAUAAUUUCAUAUCGCAAUUGCAGAGAUGCGGCCGCUCUUUUGUUUUCUACGGGGACGAGACAUGGACAUAUUUAUUCCCAGAAAUAAAAUCGAACAUUGGGGAAAUAUACCAUCCAUACGGCCUUAUUCCAUUCAGUGAAGAGAAGAGGCUGAUAAAAGCAGCACUAGAGGCACAGAACACACACGAUCUCGUUAUUAUCCACCUUAUCUCGCCUGACUCCUAUGGGCAUGUGCAUGGAACUGACAGUGCGGAAGUGCAGAAGGCUCUUCUGAUGAUCAAUGGGUUUAUAGGCGAUCUAUACGAUACUCUCACAGAUCAGUCAUUUAUUGCUGUUCUAUCAGACCACGGCGUAAAUGACGAUGGCUCGCACGGUGGCACAUCUCUUAAGGAGAAAGCAGCAUCUUUUCUCUUCAUUGCAAAAGAUAUCAACUCACAGAACGUAGAAGCACACAACGAAAAAAGAGAACAGAAUAAAAAAUCAGAUGAAAUACCAGUGGAAAAAAAGACAGCCGAUGAGUCUGUGUUCCCAGAGCACUCUUCUACCAGCCGCAGAAAGACCCAAACGAGUAACAAUCGAGAAAAUACUGCCAGUGGAGCUGAUAGCCGAAAUGGCAAAAAAUACUUAGACAGAGCUGUGUACAAAGAGUACAGCGAAGAGAUAAAACAGCUGAAUAUAUCUGAGGACGUAAACAUCAUCUCGCAGAACGACAUACUUCCCACACUCUGUGCAUUCACUGGGCUAGCAGUGCCGUAUAACUCAUCUGGCUCUCUUAUUCCCCAGCUGUUCUGUGAAGAGAAGCAUAAAGAUGUGUACAAAUGGGAGAUAGCAAGGCAGAAAAAAGCGCUUUCAUAUCUCCUGAACAAAAAGGAGUACUUGCCAGCAAUGGAAGAAAAGAGUAGCAGUCUUUCCACAAUCAAUGAGUCCCUGGGAAAUGAAAUACACAGUCUGUUCCAUAGCUCGUCUGUAGCAGGAAUGGCUGCCGGAGUGGUGAUUGUUGCAGCCGGCAUUCUACUGCAUUUGGUAGUUUUCAGAGUGCAAAUAAUCUCUUUGUUCCUUGCCAUCUCUGUCUUUGCUAUGUUUAUGAUCGCUCAUUCUGUGUACUCGAUUAUUCACGAGGACAUUAUCUCUCUUUUCGUCUGUCUGGGAUUCAGCUGGCCGAUGUGGAGCCCGUGGAUGGUUGUAAUGCUUCCGCUUAUGACUCUUCUCGCAGGAGAGUUUCCUCUGCACUCUGUUGACAGAUUUACAUUCAUUCGGUGGAUUAAGAAGCUGCCCGCUCGGUAUACAUACCUCAUCUUUGAAAAAGUUUUUUUCUUCUCUUCCAUCGCAUGUUUUGUCAGGUACUGGAUCCUACCGCCUUUAAUAAGAAAAAAAUCGCAGAAUGUUGCAACUGCAGGAACUCUUCUCUUCGCAGUCAGCCAGUUCUUCUCUUCAGGCGCAGUGCACAUAACGCGGUCUGCCAUCCUGUGCUUGUACCCAACUCUUCUGCCACUGCUGCUGUAUACGCCUGUAUCUGCGUGUAUGUUCCUGUAUGUUUUCUGCCCGAUUGUCAAUAAGAGCAUUUCCUGCAUAAAAUACCCGGCCCAGCAGGGAUGCUUUCUUUUUUUCCUGAUUAAGAUUAUGUUUUUCGUAACCGGCCAUAACCACGCGCUUUCAUCGAUCAACUGGGAGGCAGCAUUUUUAUUCUCAAAAAAAAGCAUUCCGGUGCUAUCAGGCGCCUUAGUGGCUUCUGACCUUCUUCUUCCUUUUGCGUACAUUGGAUACGCGCUUGGAAGAGAGAAUGUGCAAACUCUCCACGUGAUUGUUUUUCUGCAGGCAGUGUGUGUGGUGCUGGGGUGCGUUAUUAACUUCUGGUUUUUAGGGCAGUCUUUGAUGUGGUUUAUUUUCACAGGAAGAACCGUCUUUGAGUGCUUCUUCCUCAUAAUGUUCUCUCUUUUCCAAACUGCGCUUUCUGCAUAUCCAUCUGCUUCUUCAAAAAUAGACUCUACUGCGUCUUUCAUAAAAAUAGGCCGUAUGGGCUCCACUUUAGAAGAAAAAAGCAAAGGACUAAAAGAGUAA